AAUGACAGCCACGACACUCCUUGCCAUAACCAAGCAGUCACUUGAUUUCUCCCCGGUUUCAUUCUUCUGCUUCUUCGAGUGCUUCCUGACAUUACGUAACACAAUGAGGGUUUUCUCUGAUUGGUACAGCAAGGGGAGGGCAACGCCUUCUUCCAAUGGGAGAGCGCAUCUGAGCUCAGGGGCCAAGCUGGCUCACAAGAGUUGUGGCUCUUGUCUCUUGUGGCUCGUAGGAUUCAGCCUAGCUGUGAUCACAGUAUUCCAGUGCGCUCUAGCAUGGAAAAUUCUAUCGCGGCUUAGCCCUUCUGAGUCACUUGGGGAAGUGAACGAGCUCUUCCCUUCAGUUGGCGUCAAGGUUGUGCGCUUCGUCGAAAAAGAGGAUUUCAACGCCUUGAACAUGUCAGAUCCUGAAUGGGAACGGGCUAUGCCUCGCGGCGGCGGAUUUGUCAAGGCCUCCGACUUGAGUAAAAAGGGAGCCACUCUGCCGCGUCCCAUCCUGAUCAGAGGGCAAAGCGUGUAUAAUGUUGCUGUAUUCCACCAACUUCACUGCUUGCAUGCACUGGGGGAAGAGUUCAACAAUCUCAUAUCGGCCGCUCGAGAUGAUCACUCGACUGUGGUGACUGACGAUCAACUUGAGCAUAUCUCCCACUGCCUAGCCUAUCUCAAGCAGUCACUCGAAUGUUGCUCAGAUACUGCAUUCGAGGGGCAAUCUAGUAUAACAGACCUUCCAUCCACUAGUGGGUUUGGCUCCUACCAUGUUUGCCGCGAUUUCGACCGAGUUGUAGCGCUCAGUGAACAACAACGUGCAACGGAAAUGUCAGGAUACGGACAAGGGAAGGGACACAACCAUUGAUGGGCAUUUGGGGGUGGAAGUUUUUGAUCGGAUUGUAGAUGAAGCAAAGAGUAGCAAAAUUUUGUCUGGAUAAUAUCCUUGACACAGUCGCUGCUAUGAAAAUGAACCAAGUA